AUGGAUCUUGACUUCCGGAGUAUUCUAUGGAUGAUCGCUCAUGAGGAUUCGCAGAACACAAGUAGCACUUCAUAUCACAUCCCCCAGACAUGUCUUGCGAACAUCACGGCCCCAAAAAAGACGAUGGACUUGUCGUUCAGCGGGUUAAAAGGCCUUUACCAAAUCGUCAAAAAGGCGCAUUCCCAAGAUCAUGCACUCGAGGCAGAGAAAGGAAAGUCGCGGAAGAUGAACUGCGCAAUCUGCUCCAACCUCGGUGCGGAUGAGGUCAAGGGCCAGAAGCUCGCCGCGAAUCAGCGCAUGGCCAAGUUCAUCGAGCUUCACGACCUCCAGCGAUCCGCAACGAACACAUCAUGCCAGUCCUGCCAGCUCCUCUGGGCUGCGCUACGUCUGCGCAAGGAGAAUCUAGAUGAGCCCAGCGGCAAGGAUGUAUCUGGACUGUUGCAGAUGCGCUUUGCACCGGGCGCGUCGCUCCAGAUUUCCGUGUCUGGCUGGGGAGAAGAUAACAUUGCUCUAGAGCUCUUCUCGCGACGAGACGAUCAUGGCGCAUGCCAUCCGACCAUCGGUCCGGCCCAAGAAGUAGAGAGCCACUCUUCCUCCCCAGCCAGUCUCACUCUAGCAUCGUCAUGGCUUCAGGACUGCCUCGCAAAUCACCCGUCCUGCAGGCAACCAGCAUUAGCCUCGACUCUACCGACCCGUGUGAUCGACGUCGGCAUCAAUGACCACGCCGUGCCGUGCCUCGUCGAGUCCCGCGGAGCCUCCGGCGCAUACGCAGCAUUAAGCUACUGCUGGGGCGACCCGGCCUCCCACCCGGCCUUCAAGACGACGCUCCUCAACUUCGCCGCGCACCAAGACGCCAUGCCGUGCGCCGAAAUGCCUCCGACCCUGCGGGACGCCGUCGCCAUCACAAGAAACCUCGGACUGCGGUACCUAUGGAUCGACGCCCUCUGCAUCAUCCAAGGCGACGCCCAAGACUGGGCCCGGGAGGCGGGCCGCAUGUGCGAAGUCUACUCCAACGCAACGGUCACCAUCUCCGUAGACCACGCGGACGGGAGCGGCGUCGGCGUCUUCGCACCCCAGGCCUUUGGCGCCCCGCCGCAGCGUCUCGACGAGCUCGGGGACGCCGUGCGGCCGGUCUACGUCCGCGACGAGCUCAAGAGGAAACAUAACGACAUCACCGUCCUGCUCCGGACGAUCGAGGUGGAGGGCGCGCACGGGGAGCCCAUCAAUAAGCGCGCCUGGACGCUCCAGGAGGCGAUCCUGUCCAACAGGACGCUGCACUACACGACCAACGAGCUCGUCUGGGAGUGUAACACGUCGCGCUCAUGCGCCUGCCGCCGCGGUCAGCCCGUCGAGCUGGACGAGGACGCUGUCGUCAGCGGAGAGGGCGAUUUCGCGACGCAGUUGCUCUGGACGGCGGAUGACGACUACUGGCGCAACCCCGAGACAGUCUCGCGGAGGCCUGGGAAGUGGAGGGCGCCGAGCUGGAGCUGGGCGGCCAUUGAGGGGCCCAUCACGUUCCAUCCCAUGUCGCACUUCAAAGGUGACUUGAAGGUGUUGGAUGUUCAGGUAGAACCUCUCAUGACGGAGGAUAUCUACGGUCAAGUUUGCGAGGGAGCCAAGAUCGUGGUUCGGGGGGCCAUAGUACACAACCUUGAGAUUGCAACUACAGAGAUACAGGACGGGGAUUCAAUGAUGGGGUUUACAGAAGGCGUCAGAUACGACCUCGUGGAUGCGGGAGCGAACAGAUACACCAUGAUCUGCGACUAUGCAGGCUCUGUUGCCCGUAAUCAGCAAUACUCCUGUCUGCUCGUGGGAAAGACAUGGAACAAGGGCGAUCGAUGCCCAUCCCGGGUUGGCGUGUCGUUCCGAGCAGGGGCUUUGAAAAACACGAACGAGAUGAAGCUAUUCAACGGCGUGGCCCGCGAGGUAAUCACUCUUCUCUGA